ACUAUACGUGUGGAGGAGAAUAACGCUCCUGGAGCCCUGCUCAGUUCCCCAACUGCGUUUGACCCUGACCUCCAUGAAAACCAGUAUCUAGUUUAUUUCAUCCUAGAGAGGGAGAUAGCCAACACCUCCAUGUCCAUGCUGUUCUCCAUCAACCCAGAGAACGGGAAUCUUUACGCACUAAAAACGUUUGACUACGAGAUCGAGAAGGAGUUUCUCUUCCACAUCGAGGCCAGAGACUCUGGCUCUCCUCCUCUCAGCAGUAACGUGACGGUGCACAUCAUCAUUGUGGACCAGAACGACAACGCUCCGGUUAUUGUCUCUCCGUGGCGCGCACACGGCUCGGUGGUGGAGGAAAAGAUCCCCAGAUCCACCGAUAAAGGCUCUCUGGUUUCUAAAGUGAUAGCCUUGGACACAGACUCGGUGCACAACUCCCGGAUCACCUACCAGUUCCUGCAGGUGACUGACGCCACCUUGUUCAGUCUGGACCAAUACAACGGAGAGAUCCGGACCAUGAGGAUGUUCAGCUACAGAGACCCACGCCACCAGAGACUGGUUGUCGUUGCCAAGGACAACGGGCAGCCUGCCCUCUCUGCUACAGUCACCAUCAAGCUGUCCACAGUGGAGACUGCCGUGAAGGCCUACUCUGACAUGACCGAGGUGCCUCUAGAAUAUGACAUAUUCUCAGACCUCAACCUGUACCUGGUCAUCGGUCUGGGCUCCGUGUCAUUUCUCCUGCUGAUCACCAUACUGGUCACCAUCGUGAUCAAGUGUCAGAAACCCAAACCAAACAAAGCGGCUCCUCCCUGCAGGAACAGUGUGAUCAGUGAGGGGAACUCCACCAUCGCAGACUCCACUCUGGUCUCCAACGACGCCUACUGGUACAGUAUGUUUCUAGCAGAGACCAGGAAAGGAAAGAUGGUGGUCAGACAGCCUGUGCCAAAGGGCUCCAGAUACAUCGUGUCCAGUUUACCACGAGGCACUGGACUCACAGACACUAGUGGAUCAGCAGCCUCCACCCUGCAGUACCCUAAAUGAGGAAAGUCCACUCAGCAGCUGGAGGCAUCCACCAGCAGCACAUAAGGCCACACCCUCAGCUGCGUAUUGGAUUAACGCUGACAGGAAAGGAGAAAGCCCCAGUCUGUUAUGACCCCCCACAUCCAUCCUGCCCACUCUUAUCCUUGUUCCUCACAAUAUGUAGCCGUCAUGCCAUAACACCAAAUGGACUAUGGUGGCUAAAAGGAAACAGCCCUUCCCCUCUCUAUUUUCAAGCACAUGAAAAGCCUAUCAACAUUGGCUCUCUGUCCAUUCAAUACGCAUUAUUAAACUGCAUGGCUUCAACCACACUCUGAGACCCCUCGUGCAAACAAUUUUCAUUUGGAAACACUUGCAAAGAAGUAGACUGUAUGAAAGAUUACAACUGUGGAUAUCUAAAGAAGCCUCAACAAGGACUGCGUGGACAUGGGAAUGUUUAAAUGCCUUUAUUAAGAGACUGUUUCCCCUCUCUAAAAUGAAACACAUGUUGGAUAUUACAAUAUUAACCUCUGUGCUUUGUCUUGAUCCUUAACAGUAUUGAUGUAUAAUAUACAAAUUAACUAAAAAGUGAAACAGCACAACCAACUAUACAAAAAAAGCACCAAUAUUUUAAAGUAUGAAAAGAAAGUGGAUCAGUAUUUUAAAGAUGUGGUAGCUUUCAACAGUUUUAUGUUUUGUACAUUACUUUGUGCUGUAUAUGAGAGCUAAGCCUGAAUAUAUGAAGGAUAUUGCUGAGAGAAAGUUAACCAGUACAUUAAACAGAUGAACGUGAGUCCUUUAGCCAUUAUGUAUCUGCCUUUCAGUUGUUUUUGCAUGGGAUGAUCAAAUUGCGCAAUCACUUUCUUUAGUUAGGCCGAACAGUUUAGUAUUUUUCAAAACAAUAUGGAAGAUUACAUUUCAUCAAGAAGACAAUGAAGAAGUAAAACAGCAUAAUAAUUGGAUGUAUUCCGAUAAUUAAGUGUACUCUCAGCUUAAAUUUAAAUAUACAUGGUGCUUGAAUGUUAUGUUCACUUGGACGCAAGUGAAAAAUAAGAGCCUAGAGGACUGUGAAGACCGUGAAUCUUCAAGAAUGGUUUGAAUAUCUUCUCAUAGCUAAUGUAAAUACAACACAAACAUGGCCAUGAUUUCACUUUUUUAUUUUAAAAGCCAAACUGUGUGGAUGUUCCUGUAUUUCAACCUUUUGAGAUUGUGUAUCAAGUAAAAAAACUCACUAAAUGACUCAAUGUUUACUUUACAAUGCUGAAAUACUGAAUACUGGUUGUGCCCAAUGGAAGCUGUGCUGAUGUGUAUUACUAUGACUACUUUCUCUAUUUAGAUAUAUCAUAAGCCUGUAUCUACUGUAUACAAAUGUAAUUCUUUUCAAUUAACAAUGCUGAACUUUUGUAAAGAUAAUCAGUGGAAUUACUGUGCCAUCAGAUUUAAGUGUAUGCAAAUCAUUCACAUGAUCAGUUAUUACGUAGUCCCAUUGUUUAGCACAGCUCAAAUUGCAUUGUAUAAAGUUGUUUUGUUGAACAGGCAAACAUAUACAAUAAGUGCUUUUGUACAGUGGACUGUUAUGGUGCAUUAUGUCGUCAUGUGUGUAAUGUGAGCUUAUUGUAUGCUAUGGUCUGUAUGAUCUAUUAAAUAUAAAAACGAAAUACUAAAACAAUCA